GCGGUUGACAUUAUUUAUUUUACAUACUCUUUGGCGGUUGACAGCGAUGAAAUGAAUGAUUUUUUCAGAUUAUUUAAGUUUUUAGGAGCAGUACAUUGGUGCCGAUGUUAAUUAUUGAUAUAUUGAAAGUAUAAAUAUGACUGAAAAGGAUUAUGCACCUCUAAGCUCGGCAUGUGUCCGUGGUUUAUGUGAUAAAUUAUACGAAAAAAGAAAAUUUGCAGGCGGCGAAAUAGAAAAAAUGGUAAAAGAUUUUAAUGAUGCCAACAACUCGAGUCAGAUAAAGAAGUUGAUCCGAGUCUUGGGUCAGGACCUGAUGUCAUCCACUAACCCUAAUGUAAAGAAUGGGGCCUUGAUGGGCCUGUCCUCAGUUGCUGUAGGUUUGGGGAAGGGUUGUGAGGCGCAUCUGAGCGAGCUGCUGCACCCGAUGGCGGCGUGUGUACGCGAGGGCGAGUCGCGCGUGCGCUACUUGGCUGCAGAGGCCCUAUUCAAUGUGCUUAAGAUAGCUCGUAGCGCCGCGUUACCGCACUUCCCCCUCGUAUUUGACGCUUUGGCACGCCUCGCUGCCGACCCCGAGCCCCAGGUGCGCCAGGGUGCCGAACUGCUCGAUAGACUCGUCAAGGACAUAGUGACGGAGAGCGGGGAGUUGGAGGUGAGCGCGCUUGUGCCGCUGCUGCGCGAGCGGCUGUACGCGCGCGGCGCCUGCGCACGCCAGUUCGCGGCGGGCUGGGUGGCGGCGCUGGACGCGCUGCCCGCAUUGCCGCUGCUGCCGCACCUGCGCGACCUGCUCGACCCCCUGCUGCACAUGCUGGACGAGCCGCACCCCGAGAUACGCCGCAUGUGCGAGGUGCAGCUGAAUGAGUUUCUGAGAAGUAUCAAGAAGGACCCGUCGCAGGUGGACUUCCAAGCGAUGAUCAAUAUAUUGAUUACGCAUGCGCAGUCUCCUGAGGAGCUGGUGCAGCUGACGGCCAUCAGCUGGAUCAAGGAGUUCGUGGAGCUGGCGGGGCGCGGCAUGCUGCCCUACGCCUCGGGCGUGCUGUGCGCCGCGCUGCCCUGCCUCGCCUACAACGACGACGCCAGGAGGAACAUACGGGAAACGGCGGCCACGGUUAACUUCCUGCUGACGAAGCUGGUGGCGGAGCCGAGGGAGGUGGAGGGUGAGGGGGAGGAGCAGCUGCAGCUGGAGGCGCUGGUGCGCGUGCUGACGCAGCUGCUGCGACACAGCUCCGUGCACACCAAGGUGGCCGCGCUCGACUGGAUCCUGCACCUCUACAACACUCUGCCGGCUCAGAUGCCGAGUCACACGGAGGCGGUGUUCGGUGCCGUGGUGGGCAGCCUCACCGACCCCGCAGACGACGUCGUGCGCCGCGCCCUCGCCGUGCUCGCCGAGAUCUGCUCCUGUAUAGGCGAUGUGGAGUCCAGCCCGUACUACUACAAGUUCCUGCGCGCGCUGCUGCGGCUGCUGGCCGCCGACGAUAGCCUGCUCGAGGACCGCGGCGCCUUCAUCAUCAGGCAGCUGUGCGUGCUGCUGAACGCCGAGGACAUAUACAAAGCGCUGGCCAGCAUCCUGGUUGAGGAGAGCAACUUGCGCUUCGCCGCCACCAUGGUGGACGUGCUGAGCACCAUGCUGCUCACCGCCGCCGAGCUGCACCACCUGCGCCUGCAGCUGCGCCGCAUGGACCAGCCGGGGUCGGCGCAGCUGCUGCGAGGGCUGUACCGGUGCUGGUGCCACAGCCCCGUGGCGCUGCUGGCGCUCUGCCUGCUGACUCAUCACUACGAGCACUGCAACGCCCUCAUCGCAACAUUCGGGGACCUGGACAUCACCGUGGACUUUCUCACGGAGGUGGACAAGCUGGUGCAGCUCAUCGAGUCUCCGAUAUUCGCCUACCUGCGUCUGGAGCUGCUGGCCGGCUCCAGGAGCUCGGCGCUGCGCGGUGCGCUCUUCGGCCUGCUCAUGCUGCUGCCCCAGAGCGACGCCUUCCACGCGCUGCGCCACCGCCUGCACUGCGCGCCCCUGCAGCCCUGCCUCACGAGGUACAUAAGGAAAUAA